AGUAGUACCAGCGCAGUACCAGCAUCAGUCUACAGAUUGUUCGUGUUGCGCGAAGAAAAGAUCGCGGAGUGCAAGAGACGUUAUAUUUUAGUAACUCUGUUUCGAUUUUUUUUUAAAUUUACACUUCUGUGUAAAUUAUUCCAGUGCAUUAGUGUCAUGGAUUCGCUGAUAAAUUACUCCAAUCUUCAAGAUUUAAAAAUAAAUUUCACCGACAGUAAUAAUAAUAAUGACGAUUUUGAUGACAAUCCAGCUUUAAAAGGUGAUAAAUACUCCCUUAGACCACGCUCUCUGAGAAGAUUAACUGAGAAGCUCAAAGCACCACCAUCGGAAAAAGAAGCUUCAAUUAGUAGGCAAGUGUCCAAAAAUACUGCUAAAAAUAAACCAAAAUCAGCCCCGCUGAGCAAAUACAGACGGAAAACAGCUAACGCAAGGGAACGAAACAGAAUGCGAGAAAUAAAUGAAGCAUUCGAAACCUUAAGAAGAGUGAUUCCUCACAUGCAAGCUCCAGUAGUAACACCAGCCGCAGCUAACGAAAAACUAACUAAAAUAACUACCCUCAGACUAGCAAUGAAAUACAUAAGCGCCCUAAGCGCAGCCCUGAACAAUCCAGCGAUGAACAUUGCCGAGCUGCAGCAACAAGACUAUUCCGACUUGGAUUGCUUGCUGCUAGAGUCCGAUGGCGAAUCGCUGAGUAUAUCGGAUCAUUCAGGUUCGCUAUUAUCUUCGCCAGAUUUUCCAGAAUCUUCACUUUCGCCCGUCGAUUUCGGCGAUCCUUCGUUGCUGCACACCGAUUUCACGGAGCACACGCUAGAAGCCACGGAUUUAAGUGAAUUUUUGUUUACGUAGCAUAUUGGAAUAAUUUUUAGUGCUGUAAGAAGCUAUGACAAUUGGGCUGUGAUAAGUGCAUCUGAAGCAAGAAGGAAACAUGUGUAUUAUGAAGUGUGUGUGCCAAGUAUGAAGUAAGGGGUGAAGCGUACAGUGUUGCAUAAAAAGUCUUAUGGGUUGGAAGAGAAGGUUAUACUCCGGGAUACUACUGCUUGAUCUAAGGUGGUUGAUGAGAACAUGCUGUACCUACCUGAAGCCUUCUUACAUGAACAGAUUUUCGGAUAACUAAUAAAAUGUUUGGUUCAUUUCUAAUAAUUUUUAUCACUGUGAACUCCUUUUUUCCAAAUCACAAGUUUAAGUUAAAAUUUCUCAAAAAUCUGUACACUUUACCUCUUGAAAGUUUGUGAUACUAUUUGUCCAAUAAUAUUAGUGAAUAAAUAUUUUGUAAUAAUAA